UUUUCAAGGCAGCUGAGAUUGAAGUCUGUGUGCCCGUUUGCAAGAGGUGGAGAAAAAGCCCUGAGCGGUAAUCAUGGCAGAAAACAACUUCCCUCCCCUGCCUCGAUUCAUCCCCCUCAAGCCAUGUUUUUACCAAGACUUCAACGAGAUCCCAGACCAACGGCGCACCAUGUGCAAGAGGCUCUACUACCUCUGGAUCUUGAAUAGUGCCACGCUAGCUGUUAAUCUGAUUGGCUGCCUGGCGUGGAUGUGUGGAGGCGGCGGCGCGACCAACUUUGGCAUGGCCAUCCUGUGGCUCAUCCUCUUUACUCCUUGUUCCUACGUGUGCUGGUUCAGGCCCAUCUACAAGGCCUUCAAGACUGACAGCUCUUUCAACUUCAUGGCUUUCUUCUUCGUCUUCAUGGCCCAGGUGGUAAUCAGUAUUAUCCAGACUGUUGGUAUUCCAGGCUGGGGAGUGUGUGGCUGGCUGGCUACCAUCACCUUCUUCAGCACCAACAUUGGCUCAGCUGUGGUCAUGCUGAUUCCCACCGUCAUGUUCACUGCGGUGGCUGUGCUCUCCUUCAUCGCCCUCACAAAGGUUCAUAACUUCUACCGCGGCAGUGGGGGCAGCCUGGGUAAAGCCCAGGAGGAGUGGGCCACAGGGGCCUGGAAGAACCCCCACGUCCAGCAGGCGGCCCAGCAGGCGGCCAUGGGGGCUGCACAGGGAGCCAUGCAGCAGAACCAGUACUCAGCAGCUCCCACCUACAACUACGACGACCCGAUGUAG